AUCAGAAUGCUGACUGUUGCCUGAAAGAAGGGGACAUUUACAUAAGAUGCAGGACAAUGGGCUCCUGUAAGCAAAUCAGUAAGAUUUAAUUCCAGGUUAUUUUACCAAACCUCAUCUGUGUGGAUUAAAACUAACUGGAAGCAUCAGCACCAUCUGGACUGCAUCUGAACAAUGGAGACAGAUCUAGCAAAAACGCCAGAAAAAAGGCAAGUAGUUUUUCUUACUAUGUUGUUGCUUUUGUGGGAGUCUGGCUCUGAGGCAAUUGUAUACUCCAUGCCAGAAGAAUCUGAGACUGGCUACUUGGUGGCUAACCUGGAAAGAGAUCUGGGCCUCAGGGUGGGCGAGCUGGUCUCUAGAGGACCUAAAAUCCAUCACAGUGGGAACAAAGAGCUCUUGGGGCUGGAUGCAGAGACCGGGAAUUUGCUAUUAAAGGAAAAGCUAGAUCGCGAGGUGCUGUGUGGGGCGACAGACCCCUGUGUGCUGCACUUCCAACUCAUACUCGAGAACCCUGUGCAGUUCUUCCAAACUGACCUUCAGCUCACGGAUGUAAACGACCAUUCUCCGGAGUUUCCUCACAGGGAAAUGCUCCUAAAAAUCCCUGAGAGUGCCCAACCAGGGACUGUGUUUCCUCUGAAGGCAGCUCAGGAUUCUGACAUAGGGAGCAAUGCUGUUCAGAACUACACAGUCAGCCCCAACCUCCAUUUCCAUGCAGUCACUCACAGUCACGCUGAUGGCAGGAAAUACCCAGAACUGGUGCUGGACAGAGGCCUGGACAGGGAGGAGCAGCCUGAGCUCACUUUGACCCUCACUGCUGUGGAUGGAGGGUCUCCACCCAGGUCUGGGACCACCACAGUUCGCAUUGAAGUCGUGGACAUCAAUGACAACGCCCCCCAGUUCCUACAGUCGCUCUAUGAGGUGCAGGUCCCUGAGAACAGCCCCCUUGGUGCCUUAGUUGUCACGGUCUCUGCCAGGGAUUUAGAUGCUGGGAUAUAUGGGAAUGUAGUCUACUCUCUGUUUCAAGGUGGUGGAGCUUCUCAACCGUUUGUAAUAGACGAGGUCACAGGAGAAAUCCAUCUUAUAGGGGCUUUGGACUUUGAGUCAACACCCUACUAUAACAUGGAAAUUAUAGCCACAGACAGUGGAGGCUUUUCAGGAAAAUGCAGUGUAACUAUUCAGGUGUUGGAUGUGAAUGACAAUGCUCCUAAACUCACCAUAUCUUCGCUCACUGCUUCAAUCCCAGAAAAUGCUCCUGAGGCUGUAGUUACUAUUUUCCGUGUUUCUGACCCAGAUUCCGGGGACAAUGGAAGGAUGGUGUGUUCCAUUCAGAAUGAUCUCCCAUUUCUUUUAAAACCCACUUUCAAGAACUAUUACACAUUAAUGACAGAGGGGUCAUUGGACAGAGAGAACAGAGCUGAGUACAACAUCACUAUCACAGUCACCGACCUGGGCACACCCAGGCUCACAACCCAGCACACCAUAACAGUGCAGGUGUCUGACGUCAACGACAACGCCCCCGCCUUCACACAAACCUCCUACACCCUGUUUGUCCAGGAGAACAACAGCCCCGCCCUGCACAUAGGCACCAUCAGCGCCACAGACUCAGACUCAGGCUCCAAUGCCCGCAUCACCUACUCGCUGCUGCCCAGCCACGACCCGCAGCUGGCCCUGGACUCGCUCAUCUCCAUCAAUGCCGACAACGGGCAGCUGUUCGCGCUCAGGGCGCUGGACUAUGAGGCCCUCCAGACCUUCGAGUUCCGCGUGGGCGCCACAGACCAAGGCUCGCCCGCUCUCAGCAGCCAGGCACUGGUGCGCGUGCUCGUGCUGGACUCCAAUGACAAUGAGCCCUUCGUGCUCUACCCGCUGCAGAACGCAUCUGCGCCCUGCACAGAGCUGCUGCCCAGGGCGGCGGAGCCAGGAUACCUGGUCACCAAGGUGGUGGCAGUGGACCGCGACUCUGGUCAGAAUGCCUGGCUGUCGUUCCAGCUGCUCAAGGCCACAGAGCCAGGGCUGUUCAGCGUGUGGGCUCACAAUGGCGAGGUGCGCACCUCCAGGCUGCUGAGUGAGCGCGAUGCUCCCAAGCACAGGCUGCUGCUGCUUGUCAAGGACAAUGGCGACCCUCCCAGGUCUGCCAGUGUCACUCUGCAUGUGCUGCUGGUGGAUGGCUUCUCUCAGCCCUACCUGCCUCUGCCUGAGUUUGCACACGACCUCACACAGGACAGAGACUCACUCACGCUGUACCUGGUCAUCGCCUUGGCAUCUGUGUCUUCGUUCUUCCUCUUGUCUGUGCUGCUGUUUGUAGGGGUGAGGCUGUGCAGGAGGGCCAGGCCGGCCUCUCUGGGUGGCUGCUCUGUGCCUGAGGCACACUUUCCUGGUCACCUGGUGGAUGUAAGCAGUAUGGGGACUCUUUCCCAGAGCUACCAAUAUGAAGUAUGUAUAACUGGAGACUCUGAGACCUCAGAUUUCAAAUUCCUGAACCCUAUUAUUUCUAGUAGUCUGUUUCAGGAACCUUAGCUGAAUUUUAGUUUCAGGGAAAGCAAGGUUUCUAUGCCUGAAUCAGAGUUAGUUGCUUGGCUAUUAAUAUUUUCCUUUUACAUUCAGUAAUCUUUCCUUGAGUCAACAUAUUUCUAUGUUGAUUUCAUUCGUUGUUUGUUAACAGUGUGUUGGGGGGGUGCUUCCUACUUUAUCAAUGCAAUCUUAUUGCAUCUUUUUCUUUCACUAAUUUUGGGGGUUAUCUUUGCUGUGUUUCCCUGGACAUUUCAAAUAGUGAUUCCAGGAACUCAUUUCUUCCUCGGCGUUGACAACCACAGUGGAUCUCCAUACUACCCUCUGUAAAUGUAUGUUGUCGAUGCUAUGCAUGUAACCUGCUUUGCUGUGUCUGUUUUGAUUUUCGCUGUGACUGCAGUGUACAGCCCUCAUUGCGACAUUUUCAGAGGUACACACACCGCAGCCUGAUAACACUCACCUACUUAUCACAUUCUCUAAUUCUCUUGUUUUUCCCUUCACACUCUUAAAUGCCCCAUUUUCCUCUUGCAGGCUUCUUGUCUUUUAGAGGGUGACUCCUUUUCUUGAAUGAUCCACAGUUCCAUGCCCCUCAAAAUGACAAUUUCGUUCUUCUUGAUGCCCAAAUAAAGUAAUUCCAUUGUG